AGCCGGGGGUGGCUUUUCUUCGUUGCUGCGUUCUGUAAAUAGCGCUGGGGGGCAGCGCCGCCGCCCUUACGUAACCGGCCCCGGCCCCGCGCCCGCGCCCGCGCAGGUAGUCAUCAGGUGUUAUCAUGCUCCGAGCAUUUAGACAUACAAAUGGUAAGUUUGGGCACCAUCACAUACAGAGCCGGGAUCAUCAUAAAUCCGUGCUGGCAAUCAGGAGGGAAGAUGUUAAUGUUUGGGAAAGAAGAGCACCUCUAGCACCAAAGCAUGUUAAAGAACUAACACAUUUGGGAUACAAAGUCUUAGUACAGCCAUCAAAUCGGCGAGCCAUCCAUGAAAAGGAUUACGUCAAAGCAGGUGGCAUUAUUCAGGAAGAUAUUUCUAAGGCUUCUCUAAUUGUGGGAGUGAAGAGACCUCCAGAGGAUAAAUUGAUCCCUAAAAAAAACUAUGCAUUCUUCUCGCACACUAUUAAAGCCCAGGAGGCAAAUAUGUCUCUCCUGGAUGAGAUUCUGAGACGGGAAAUUCGACUGAUUGAUUAUGAAAAAAUGGUUGAUCAUAGAGGGGUGCGAGUUGUAGCCUUUGGAAAGUGGGCUGGCGUGGCUGGAAUGAUCAAUAUUUUACAUGGAAUGGGAUUACGAUUUCUUGCCUUGGGACAUCACACUCCUUUCAUGCACAUUGGGAUGGCUCAUAACUACAGGAACAGCAACCAGGCUGUGCAGGCAGUGCGGGAUGCUGGCUAUGAGAUUUCUCUGGGUUUGAUGCCAAAGUCUCUUGGACCCUUGACGUUUGUGUUUACAGGAACUGGGAACGUCUCUAAGGGUGCCCAAGAAAUGUUCAAUGCACUCCCUUGUGAGUUUGUGGAACCACAUGAGCUGAAGGAAGUUUCUAAAUCUGGAGACCUUAGGAAAGUAUAUGGGACAGUGCUAAGUCGUCACCAUCAUCUUGUAAGGAAGAGUGAUGGAGUGUAUGACCCAGCAGAAUAUGAGAAACACCCAGAACUCUACACUUCUCGUUUUAACACUGAUAUUGCACCGUACACUACCUGUUUAAUUAAUGGAAUAUACUGGGAGCAAGAUACUCCUCGCUUGUUAAGCCGACAGGAUGCACAAAGGCUGCUAGCUCCAAAUAAAUCUCCUUCUCUUGCAACUGAGGGUUGCCCUGAAUUACCACACAAACUUUUGGCAAUAUGUGACAUUUCAGCAGACACAGGAGGAUCUAUAGAAUUUAUGACUGAGUGUACAACAAUCAACAAUCCAUUUUGUAUAUAUGAUGCUGACCAGCAUAUUAUUCAUGACAGUGUUGAAGGUUUUGGAAUUCUGAUGUGUUCCAUUGACAACCUCCCAGCACAGCUUCCCAUAGAAUCAACAGAAUAUUUUGGAGACAUGCUUUUCCCUUAUAUUGAAGAGAUGCUAUUAUCUGAAGGCUCUGAGCCUCUUGAAAGCCAGAACUAUUCACCUGUUGUUCGAGAUGCAGUGAUUGCAUCCAACGGUUCAUUGACUCCUAAGUAUAAGUAUAUCCAGAAACUGAGGGAGAGCAGGGAAUAUGCUCAGUCACUGACCAUGGAUAAGAAGAAAAGGGUCUUGUUACUUGGAUCUGGCUAUGUUUCUGGCCCUGUGAUAGAAUACCUCACUAGAGAUCCCAACAUUCAAAUCACAGCAGCAUCUUUUAUGAAGGAACAACUUGAACAGCUGACCAAGAAACACAGCAAUGUCACUUCUGUAAUUAUGGAUGUUAUUAAGCAUGAGGACAAACUGUCCACCUUGGUGAAGAAGCAUGACCUCGUAAUCAGCUUGCUGCCUUAUUCAGCACAUCCUUUAGUUGCUAAGAAAUGCAUUGAUAGUAAAGUAAACCUGGUAACAGCUAGCUACCUAACACCAGCUAUGAAAGAACUCCAAGAAAGUGUAGAAGCUGCUGGUAUUACGGUUAUCAGUGAAAUGGGUUUGGAUCCUGGCCUUGAUCAUAUGUUGGCAAUGGAAUGUAUUGAUAAGGCAAAAGAAGUAGGCGCUACGGUUGUCUCCUACACUUCCUUCUGCGGUGGCCUGCCAGCUCCUGAAUAUUCUGACAACCCUCUGCGAUACAAAUUCAGCUGGAGUCCACAGGGUGUCUUGUUGAAUACAGUUCAACCUGCUGUAUAUUUACAAAAUGGAGAGGUGAUUAAUAUUCCAGCUGGAGGAGCUUUGCUGGAUUCUGUUAUUCCCAUGGACUUUUUCCCAGGAUUAAAUUUGGAAGGUUUUCCCAACAGAGACAGUACAAAAUAUGCCGAACCAUAUGGUAUUCAGUCAGCUCACACUUUAUUGAGAGGCACCUUAAGAUACAAGGGAUAUUCUAAAGCUGUGGGAGGCUUUGUAAAAUUGGGAUUAGUAAACUCAGAUCCUUAUCCUUUGGUGAGUGCAACUGCACCAUCUAUAACCUGGAAAGGGUUGAUGUGCCAGCUUCUUGGACUUAAACCAUCUGUCAAAUCCAGCAGUCUUAAAGAAGCCGUCUACAAUAAGCUGGGAAAGGACAACAGUCAGCUGGAGGCAGUGGAAUGGUUAGGAUUACUUGGAGAUGAGCCAGUUCCUAUAGCUGACUCCAUUGUAGGGGCACUUGCAAAGCACAUGGAGAGAAAGUUGCCCUUUGGUGCUGGAGAGCGAGAUAUGAUUGUUAUGAGAAAUGAAAUAGGUCUCAGGCAUCCAUCUGGACAUUUUGAAGACAAAUUAAUUGAUCUGGUGGUCUAUGGUGAUGAUAAAGGAUAUUCUGCAAUGGCUAAAACUGUGGGGUAUCCUACUGCUAUUGCUGCUAAAAUGGUUCUGAAUGGUGAAAUUGAUGCCAAGGGCAUGGUAAUUCCAUUAACGAAGAAUAUCUAUGGACCAGUACUUGAGCGUAUUAGAUCAGAAGGCAUUGUAUAUAGAACCCAAAGCGUUAUCAGACAAUAACUGAAUAUAACAGAUUGACCUUGAUUUUAUUUUUGUAAAGGAUUCUGUUUGGCCUUCAGUUAUGGGCCCAUUAAUGGUUGUGCCUACAGUCCAAGACACAAAUGAUGCCAUUUAUAAAACUACCUAUCUGAUUCUGUUGAGCACAUUCUAAGUAGUUAGAUGCGUAAAUUGUAUCUUUUUUUUUUGCUUUUGGAAUAGGGAUUGUUUGCCUAUUAGGGCUAGUUAAUGUUUUUUUAAAAAAAAAACAUGCAUCGUAAAGUGCCAAAAAUCAUUUGACAUCAACAUAUAUAGCAAGGAACUAUUAUGCAUACAACAUACGUAUUUAAUACUUACUAACAUUUUACUAUCAUUAAGCACUUUGCUAAUUAAUUAAAUAUCUAAGGACGGUUUUGUGUUUAAACAGAAAGCAUAUGCUUAGAACAUGGGAGUUUUGUUACCAAAAGGACAGACCUCAAUUGAAAAGAAAACAUAGUGUGUAUUGUCUUAUGAGCCUAUUCAUACAAGGAGAAUAAGUCUAGUUAAGGAGGUCCAGUAAGUAAUUUAUUAUGCUUAAUCAUUCUCGUCAUUUAAAUCAUUUAUACUUUUGCAUCUGGUUAUUACUUUGAUACACACCUCCAUAUAUGUAAAUAUACAUCUUAUUAAAAGAGAAUGUUGAUGUAAAGAAAAUGGGCAACAAUAUUUUUGUACGUUUCAAGGCAGUACGAUAGAUGCACCAUAUUUUCCUGCUUAUAACAUGCUCCAAAAUAUAAUACACACCAUGUUUUUGAAAGGGAGAAUGAAUUAAAAAAACAGUUCCAGCGUUAUGGCUGCAUGAACAGGGGACAGAGCGUAAUUUUCAUCUGUUUUACCCUCCUGUUCCUGCUUAGGCUGUGAAAUAGGAGGAGAGAGAUCAGGAGCAGCUGGCAGACAGCAAAAUUUCCCUAAAAAACUUUAGCUUGAUUAGUGGAACAUCAAGACCAUUAAAAAAGAGAGGCAUCAUUAAUACUUAUGGAGUGGAGAACAGUAAGCCAUUAAGUCAAUUUACUCCUUUAGCUGCCUGAACACUAAUACCACAGCUGCUGCACUGUUGAGAAGCAGAGUCCUUCUCUCCUAGGCAUAAAUAUUGGCUUUCCUGCUUAAUACAUGCACUCCAGUGUUAGGGGCUGAUUUUGGUGGAGGUGUGUAUGUUGUAUGCGAGAAAUUAUGUAAUAGCUUUAGAUGUAUUAGUGCACUUGUAAAUCAAUUCCUGUGUAAUCUUGAAAUGCCUUUAUUUUAAGUUGAAAAUGUAUUUGUAUCUGCCAAAUGUGUCUCUCUGGACCUGGAAUCAGUGUAACAGUUGGGAAAGGUUUUUUAGCCCCCCCA